AUAACUUUAGCGACUGUUGUUGAAUAACAUAUAAACUAGUAUAGUUAUUUCACAUGUGUCGACAAGGUGUCGUGUGAAACCAGUGUGUGCUGCGUUACAAAAGCGCGGGAACCACCGAAUUUUUGAAAUUAUUUUCAAGCGCCAAAAUAGUCGAAUUGUUUGAUUCCUUCUAGAAUUUAUUCUCAUCAUUGUUAGAUUUAAUUAUAGUCUUCUAUGUAGGCCUAUUAUCUGAUGUCAAGUCCAAUCAAGCUGCGAUAAUUAGCCAGCGCGAAUUACCUUCUAGGUCUACAAAAAUGUUUCUGAUUAACGAGCACUGUACAAAUAAUAGUGUAGGGUUACAACAUUAGCUGGAAAUUCUCGUUAUUAUACAGUAGCGGCCGUGUAGAGCAGAUUGAUUGGACUUGAUGUUAUGGACAAGAUCACAAACCGAUCCGCGUUACGGUUCGGUUUGCUCGGCCUCAGCGUUGGCGAAUGCCAGUCUGACCUUUCAUCUAUAGCUCUCUUUUUCGCUGCACGCUUCAUCUUUAUGAAAUUACAUAAUCCCUCAGUUAAUGUAAUAGCCACGCCCUUUUAAGGAUCUCCCAUACACGCUGGGAAUUGAGACCUCCUCGAGAGCUAAAAAACUGGCCCUAAUUGAAAGUUAGUCGAUUGAGAGUAACUCGCACUGUGUAGUACUGAAACAAAAUGUUUGUGUCACAGCUGAAUGAAUCGCAAAAAGAAUCUUUUCAACAGUUGAAAGAGAAUAUCAGAGAUUGCCAACUGAUAGAUACGAGUGACGAGUACAUUCUCAAAUGGCUAAUCGCUCGUAGUUUUGACGCUGGCCAAGCCGAGAAAAUGUUACGACGCUCGAUCGAGUGGAGACGGGCCAAUCGCAUCGAUGAAAUCGUCGACCAGUGGGAGCCGCCAAUGGCUCUAGUCAAGUACUACCCCAUGGGCAUCAUCGGCUGCGAUAAAUUCUCUUGCCCUGUUUUGAUCGUGUCGUUCGGCAACGCUGAUUGGAGGGGGAUUUUGCAGUCGGUCAGCAAACGCGAUUAUUUGCGCUACAUUUCCUACAUGGCCGAAAGGAAUCUAGCGGCCAUGAGGAAGAAUUCUUCGAAUCAAGUUAAUCCCAUCCUUUAUCAGACCUUCAUUGUCGACAUGGAGGGACUUUCCAUGAAUCAAAUGGCCUACAAACCCUUCAGGGAAGUCGGAUUUGAAGGAAUACAAAUUUGCGAAGCCAAUUACCCGGAAAGUCUCCGACGGAUUUUCGUAAUUAACGCUCCCAAAGUCUUCACGUUCGUGUUCAACAUGGUGAAACCGUUUCUGCAUCCGGUGACACUCGACAAGAUCAGCGUCUUUGGAUUCGACAAAAGCGAAUGGAGCGCCGCUUUGCUCAAAGAAAUCGACGCCGACCAACUUCCGGUUCAUUACGGCGGGACCAUGACCGACUCCAAAGGCGACCCCAAAUGUUCCAGCCUCAUCAGCUUGGGCGGAGAGGUGCCACAAUCUUAUUACAUGGAAGCGAUUAAACCGUACCCGAAAUCUUACAUGACGACCCUAACCGUACCAAAUUGCGGAAAAAGAAAGUUGGAAUUUAAAAUCACCCAAGUGAAUUCGAUGCUCAGGUGGGAAUUCAUGACGGAAGAAGGUGACAUUGGUUUCCGGUUGUAUUACGUCAAGAGUAGAGGUGAGCAAAAGUUCGAUGUCGUGAAUAUGGAACGAGUCGAAAGUCAUUUGGUGAUGGAAGAAGGUGAAAUCGUUUGCACCCGACCCGUUCUUUAUGUCGUGGAAUUCGACAAUAGUUACAGUUACCUGCGAUCCAAGAGCAUUUGGUAUCGCAUUACCGUCGACCUUCCCAAAAGCGAACGUUCCGCUUCGUGAAUUCAACCGCAAAUGUUUGAAAGAAACUAAUAACUUAACCACACAUUCUUGUGUUAUAUAAAUAUGGGCUAACUUUUUCCUUGGUAAAUAAACGCUCUAGUAUACA